AUGUCUCUGCAGCAUGUCGGUGGCAGAGAUGACGGGGGCAUCGACCUCCUCGGCUGGUGGUGGCUACCCGUUCCGUGCGAGACCAGAUACGAGGCAACGGAGGGCAGAGGGGCACCUAGGGUGAAUGCUGGAGGGGAGUAUCGGCAACGCUUUCGCGUCAUCGCGCAGUGCAAGGACGAGAAGAGAAAGGUGGGCCCAAAGUAUGUGCGCGAGCUCGAGGGAACGCUCUACCGGUAUAUAUCUGGUGCCCAUACACCACCUGUCUCGGACGCGUCUGAGGGUGAGGCACGCCAGGCUCCGAGGACACUCGCAGGCGAUCCUGUCGUGGGGCUGCUCAUAUCCUCUGCCCCGUUCACGAAGGGCGGGUUGAUGCGUGCGCACUCUUCCCGCAUGCCGCUCAUGAUCUUGCACAUCCCGCCCGUGGUGCUGGAGGACGCCGUUGCAUCCCCUCUCGGCGUGCCCGGAAUGCUCGCAGAACAUGAAGAUGCUGCGGACGCGCCCGAGUCCACGUCAUCUGGAGACCUGGGCGCGCUCGCCUUCAAUCCUGCGCUUGGGGGGCCGUCUGGACUUCUCCGGGGUUUGGUCCAGCCACGCUGGGAGCAUCCGUCUGUCGUCUCCGUUGAUCGCCCGAGCGGCCGCCCUGGACUAUGGUGCAAUGGAAAGCGCAUUAGCAGUUGGACUCCGGAGCAUGGACUAGCAUAA